CUGUUACUUCUUCAGCCUGAAGACGGGCACAUUUGCCAUAGCACUGACAACGACUCUAAUCUAUGGCGCAACUGUGGCAGUUAUGGCCCUCUUUGUGGCAGGUGUUCUGCCAGCGGAACUGUCCAACAGAUUCUUUGAAAGGGAUGUACAACUUCGUGUGCUGGGUGCUGCCAUAAUACUGUUGAUAAGCGCUCUCUUGCUGGUCUAUGGCGUCAUAAUGGAAAUACCCUUUUUUCGUACUUCCCUGGCUGCUUUUCGUUUGCACUCACAUCUUUGCCAUGAUUGUGACAUUCGUUCUGAUUGUGUGUUACGAUGCACCCAUUUUUCUGAUCACAGUCACAGCUAUUAGUUUGGUUGUGUACUUGUACGUUUGGCUGGUUGUCUUGUCCUUUUUGCUAGACAUGUACGAUUAGCAUUUCUCGACGUGUGCUUAGCAAACACAAUCAAAUUCGUAGAUGUAGUUGUUGUAGUAUUGAUUUUAAUUGUGAAUUAUGCUCUUUCGUCGCUGCUGCUAUUGUUUACCACUUCGCACUGGCUGCAUAAUCAUUGGCAUUGUGUUCAUCUGUUUAUUUCUCACCGAGAUGAUCAUCCAUGGCCAAUCGGCCAUUUUCAUAUAUUAUAAGCCGAGGCCCUGGGAUUAUGUGCAGGGCAUCAUACUGUCAUGGGGCAUCGUUGCAUCCAUGUUAUUAAUCUAUGGCUCCUACAAGGAAAACCGUUGUCUACAUUACUUUUGGUUACUCACAUUUUUAAUAAUACUUCUCUUAUACGUGGCAAUGAGCACAGUGGACUUUUAUCUUUUCAAAAUGAAACUCGUAAUUCUUAUCGGUCAAAUAGGGAUUGAACUGAUAAUAAUCUAUUCAUUGAUGAUUGUGCAUUCCAACUACAAGGAACUGAAAGAAACUCAAACAGCGACCCUGCCACUUUGACUAAAUUCUCCAAUCGAAGUCGACAUUUUCCAAAUUGUUAUUAUUCAUUUUUUUUUUGUCUCGACUGUGUGUGUUUAGUCAUCUUACUCAAAUGUGUUAAGCCAACAGAAAAAAAGAAAAAACUAUCUUUCAUUAAUAUUUCAAGUUAAUACCCAAAUUUCGUAAGAGCUCCUCUUCCUCCUGCUGACUGACAACAAUUAUAAUAAUAAUGGCCUGUCGCUGCAAGUACUUCAUAAAGAUCCUCAACAAAUGCUGUUUCUGUUUCUCGCUCCGUACGGGCACAUUGCUGUUGGGCUGCAUAUUUCUUACGUGGUUCGUCUAUUUGUGUCUGGGUAGCGCCUUCCUCAUGGAGUGCAUCUUCCCCAACGAAUACCAGCGGGAGGUUUACGGCCCACCGGCCGCACCCAAGACAACAAUGGUCUUCUCAUUCUUUGGCAUCAUUGCGGCUGCAAUGGUCUGCAUUGGUGUGCAUAAUAAUAACGAACUGUUGUUUGUGCCAUUUCUGGUGCUGACGCCAUUCUACAUCCUGGCACACAUUCUCGCCAUGAUUGUCUACGCCUUUGUUUGGGUCAUAGUCAUUCUCUUCGUCAUCACCAUACUUGUCAUGAUAUAUGCCUGGAUGGUCAUCUUCUCAUAUUUCACCGAGCUGCACUAUGCCUUCGAUGAUGAGCAACCUCAACACACCACCUACAUCUGAGAGAAUCGUGGAUUGAUGAUAAAUUCUCAAAAUGUUAUUUACUUGAUUAUUUAAAUUUUAGCUGCCAUACAAAUUGUGAAUGUGAAUAAAAGAAAGAGCGAAUCUGACUAUA